UGCGUCACGUGACGCCGCUUUGCCAAUGAACUAGGAAGUGAUUUGCUCGGUGGCGUGUCGGACUGCACGGCGAAAUGCCGAGAUGAAUGCGAUGCGGCUCGUUUUCAAAGACCAGCGCCAAAAAUAAUAAUCUAGCAUCGAUUGCAGCAAAUUAGACAGCCGUCCGCUCGCACUGUCGAAAGGAGCCUAUUUAACAUGUGCAAUCUGAACGUCUUUGACUCUGAAUGUUUCCACGCAGCUCGCUAGUUAGCUAACGUUAGAAGUUUCCCCCCCAUUCAGAAAAGCUUGCUAGCAAACUCUUGCAAUUCAAUCGACGGUGUCAACUUCUUGGAGUACAAACGGCAUUAUGUGUCUUUUUAACCAUCUAACGUAGUAAUAGCAUUUUUGGAUAUUCUACACGUAAGGUUUAAUUGUUGCCAUAUUGAGUUAAUUUAGCCGGCUGGUUAGCUAGCCGCAUAUCAAGCUAAUUGCUAAAUUCAGUUUACUUUGUGCUGAUCACAAAUAAAUUUUAAGAACUGAUGCAUAGUAACAACUUAGGAACUUUCAUAGAAAUUUGUACAAUUUCUAAACUCUCUGCGUCGCUUUGACUGAAAGCGAAUGGACAUGAAAUUUACCAGCGUCUAUAUGCUUCUGGUGAUUAGUAAGAGAUGAAUGUCUUGACUUCUCGGUAUUCAAAUCCAGAAUUUUGAAUUCAGUCACCAUGUAAAUGCCCUUAAAAUACUUAAUACAUUCUGAAUGACCCCGUACUGUUGUUAUCGUACCUUCCCACACAUUAGUCAGCAUCAACGGCUCUCUUUACCUGCCACCGGCUUGCUUAUUGUUUUCAUCCCCAUUCUCCGUGUUUUCAGCGCUCUGUCUCCUGCUAUGAUGCCUGUCCUUUGAGUGGCGGCCAGGGCAUGAUGCCUCCUGAGUCGGGCUGGGGUCAUGGACAAAAUAAUCCAAGAAGCCGAGGUGCGGCUGCCCUCUACUUUCCUGCGAAUCUCCGGCGGCUCGGCAGAUACACCGAAGGACCAGCCACGGGACAGGAAGACAAUGGGGUUUGUGCUGGUGCAUGCAGGCGCUGGUUACCACUCGGAGUCCAAAGCCAAGGAGUAUAAGCAUGUCUGUAAAAAAGCCUGCCAGAGGGCUGUGGAGAAGCUGAACGCUGGUGCCCCAGCAGUGGAGGCUGUCACUGCGGCACUGGUGGAGUUGGAGGAUUCUCCUUUCACCAACGCGGGCAUGGGCUCCAACCUGAACCUGUCAGGGGAGAUUGAAUGUGACGCCAGCAUCAUGGAUGGAAAAUCCUUGCAGUAUGGGGCAGUGGGUGCCCUCAGUGACAUUAAGAAUCCAGUGUUGGUGGCGAGCAGACUGCUGAGCGAAGCCCUCAAAGGAAAACUGUCUGCGGGUCGUGUUCCUCCAUGCUUUUUGGUGGGGCGAGGAGCCUAUCACUGGGCACUGAGCCAUGGGAUACCAUCCUGUCCUUCGGACAAAAUGGCCACGAAGUUCAGUUUGUCCGCCUACAAGAGGAACAGGCGGAAAAUAGAGCUGGCGGAGAAGGUGGAGUCUGACUACGUGCAGGCGAAGAAGAGAAGACAAUCAAGUGAGAACGAGAAUGGCUCUGGGUCUCUGGACACGGUGGGGGCUGUCGUGGUGGACCAGGAAGGCAACGUGGCGGCGGCAGUAUCGAGCGGAGGCCUUGCCAUGAAGCAUCCGGGUAGAGUUGGCCAGGCAGCUCAUUACGGGUGUGGCUGCUGGGCCGAGAACGCCUGCAACUUGAAUCCGUACUCGACAGCUGUGAGUACCUCAGGCUGUGGGGAACAUCUCAUCCGCACCAUGCUGGCCCGGGAGUGCUCGGCGUCUGUCCAGUCAGAGGACGCCCACCAGUCGCUACUGGACACUAUGCAAAACAAGUUCAUUAGCUCACCGUUUCUGGCCAGUGAAGACUGUGUCCUGGGGGGCGUCAUCGUCUUGAGAUGCUGCAGAUGUGCAGAUGCCCCGCCCUCCACGGAUCUCCGGGCUCUGCUAGUGGAGUUCCUGUGGAGCCACACAACAGAGAGCAUGUGUGUGGGGUAUAUGUCAGCCCAGGACGGCAAGGCCAAGACGCACAUCUCGCGGUUGCCUCCCGGAGCCGUAGCCGGCCAGUCGCUGGCCAUCGAGGGAGGAGUUUGUCGCCUGGGAAACCCGACGGACUGAUGUCGCCCAGCUUGUCCUGCAGCGAUACCUCUGCCGCCCCCCCAGGAUGCUGGGGUGGGGGGGGGGUGCAAAUGCAUGCUGUGGGCUAUAGAUCCUGCAUCCCUGCUAGUAACAGCCCUAGCUUUGCGCUGCCUCUUCCCGUUGACCACGCCCCUACCCCCGCCCCCUAACCCAUGCUUCUGAUUGAGGUCUUUACUUUGCUUACCCAUCAUACACCUCUGCACAUGCUUUCCUAUAUAAGCUAAACAUGGUCUUCGAACAGGGUGGACAUAGAUUUAUUUUUAUUUUGUAAUUCCAUGUCAUUUUAUGUAUCACAUUUUUUGUAUUUUGUUUGUUGCAAAGGUCUUUGUAAAUAUUGGACGUUGAUCCACGAGUGGCCUUGACAGUAAGGUCUGUUGGUUUGCUUUUGAAUGAGAGCUUUUUAAGGCCAGGGUCAAUACGUAUGAUUAUACUUUUUUACAUAUUCAAAAUAAGAUGCACGUUGUAAUUUCAGAGUCCUUAGAAGGGAGUGGUUCUGUGUAUGUAUGUAGACGUGUGUGUGUGUGUGUGUGUGUGUGUGUGUGUGUGUGUGUAUAUAUAUAAUGCACAAAUGUAGGAAAUACCAUUUAAAAGAUUAUAGUAAUUAUCCCUGCCACCUUUUCGUAGUUAAGCUAUCAAUCAAUGUGAAGUUUAAAAUACUGUAAAGGGAGGUUUUACGCAUCUUAGCUGCAUACAGACAUUGGCUUUUUACAGGCAUUUCUUCUAUUUUCAGGUUGUCUCGGUCGCUCGAGUGGCAAUCUGCAUUUGCGUGUGGGGGGAGGGGGUAGCUGGGAGUGGGGGCAUUAAGCAAGCACUUUGGUUCACUGCUCAGGCAGUAGCUUGGUCAUCUCAGCACUGUUCACGAAAUGACUGUUACCAACUUGACAGAGGACACAAGUAUAUAUUUGUAUUGCUAAAAUCAUAGGCCUGUAUUUUAUAAUGAGGAAGACUAUACAAAAUUUAAAAAAAACAAAAAACUAGAUAUUUAUGAAUAUCAACCGGUGCUGUUAUCCAUGUAUUUGCAAUGUAAACGGGACGUGAGCCUACAGAUGCCAUAGCCAAUACCUCUGGGAUACCUGUCAAGUAUAUAUAUAUAUAUAUAUAUUUUAAGGAAAAUGUUUAAAAUGUUUCAGAAUGUUUUAUGCUGUGUCUCAGUGUGAUAAAUCGGCUUUUUUUCCCUUUUUCAUUUUGCUGCUUAAUGCACUAUUACUUGAAAUUGAUGUUUGACAGCAACAGAAGGUUAUUUCAGAUGCAAGGUUUAUACUAAUCUCACUCUAGUGCUGAAUAAAAUUUACAAAUGCCUUUCA